AUGUCCUCUGCUACUGGUAUACCAGAUUGUCGUGGCUUCCUAUCGUUACUUGUACCAGCAAUCAGGGAAGAGUUCGGCUCGUAUCCGAUCAUGGUUGUAACCUUCGCAAAGAGCAUCUUGAACCAGGAUGAGAUCGUUGACAACAUCACCAGAGCUGGUAUGGACAAGAACAGUCUAUUCUUCAUUGAGAACUACACAGCUUCGAACCACGAGAUGAAUUCUAAGAAACACAUUGCUCUUCUCAAGAUCCUGGAAGCCUGCAUCAAGCGAGCCGAUGAUAAUAUCACGUUCCUCUGGCGAAAAAUGAAUGAGCCCAAUCCCAGAGGCAGGAAUUCGCUCGAUUACCAUAAUAUUAAAGGCUAA